AUGAAUCACCUCGAGGUCCCCGUCUUCUCGCCCUCGUCGGCCCGCCAGGUCGCGGCUCUAGGUGCCCACCGGAUCGAGCUCAACGCGGCCGGGUCCUACGGCGAAGGUGGCCUCACGCCGUCGCUGGUCGAGCUCUCAGACCUGCUGUUAUCGACGACCGCCGCCGCCACUACCACCAGCCACACCCACAGCCACCAGCGUCUGCCAGUCCGCGUUAUGAUCCGGCCGCGGGGACCCCCACCUGCUCCAUCUGCCGACUUCAUCUACACGGCCCAGGAGCUGGAGGCCGGGAUGCGGGAUGCCAUCGUCGCCUUCAAGGAAUCCAACCUGCUGGACGCCGAGCUGGGAGACGGUUUCGUCUUUGGCGUCCUGAAGCAGCAGUCAUCAGCAGACGAGCUUGGUGGCGACGACGACGCGGGCCGUAGUCUCGUCGCCAUCGACGUGGACCGCAACCGGGAGCUCGUGCGACUCGCCCAGCCCUUCACCUGCGUGCUCCACCGCGCCUUUGAUGACGUCGUGGGCUCCACCGACAGGGAAGAGGCGGCGCUGGCGCGGGCGCUCAACGACGUCGUCGCCUGCGGCUUCGGCGGCAUCCUCACGUCUGGUGGGCCGGGUAACGCGCCUAACAACGUCGAGACGCUGCGAUGCAUCGUCCGCCUGGCAAGCGCUAGGAACAUCGAGAUCAUCGCCGGCGGCGGCGUCCGCGCUCGGAACGCCCAGGGGGUCAUCCGGGAUGCGCUCAGGGCACAGGGCUCGAGUGAUUGCGGCGACGGGGUGGUGCGGUGGCUGCAUUCUUCGUGUCUGGCUUCGAGCGCAGUAAGAGGCGGCGGUGAUCGAGAGAUUGACAAGUCCGAGGUGACGAGCCUGUUGCAAGUGCUGAGACACGGCUGA